AGAGACCAAGCUCCUAUGGCACCUUGACUGUGACUUUCGUCUGCCAUUUUGGUUACGAAAACAAGGGCAUGAGACUGACACGCUGAAGAUGGCAAGUCUCUGCAGAAUAACGACAUCGCGUAUCGCUGCAGUUGUACCAAGAAUCUCGCAGCUGUCCGUGACAUGUGUGAGAACCAACAGCACAGAAACAAAACCAGAAAAGACAAAAUAUGGUCCUUUAAAAGAUGAAGACCGAAUUUUCACAAAUUUGUAUGGCAGACAUGACUGGGGCAUCAAAGGAGCUAUGGGACGGGGAGACUGGUAUAAAACAAAAGAGAUCAUGGAUAAAGGUCAUGAUUGGAUCCUGAAGGAGAUUACUACCUCUGGGUUGAGAGGCCGUGGAGGUGCAGGUUUCCCUACAGGAAUGAAAUGGGGUUUCAUGAAUCGUCCUAGUGAUGGAAGGCCGAAGUACUUGGUUGUUAAUGCUGAUGAGGGUGAGCCGGGAACGUGUAAGGACAGGGAGAUCAUGAGACACGAUCCACACAAACUGGUGGAAGGGUGUUUGAUAGCUGGCCGGGCAAUGAGAGCACAGGCUGCCUAUAUCUACAUCAGAGGAGAGUUUUACAAUGAGGCAUCCAACUUGAAUGUGGCUAUCAAAGAGGCUUACAAGGCUGGAUUCAUUGGUAAAAAUGCCUGUGGUACUGGAUAUGACUUUGAUGUAUUUGUCCACCGUGGUGCUGGAGCCUACAUCUGUGGGGAGGAAACUUCACUGAUAGAAUCUCUGGAGGGUAAGGCCGGUAAGCCCCGACUGAAGCCACCCUUUCCCGCUGAUGUGGGCGUGUUUGGCUGUCCAACAACAGUAGCCAAUGUGGAGACCGUCGCUGUAGCACCGAUUAUAUGUAGGAGGUCUGGAGACUGGUUUGCAUCAUUUGGAAGGGAACGGAAUCGUGGCACCAAGCUGUUCAACAUAUCUGGCCAUGUAAACAACCCUACCACUGUUGAGGAGGAGAUGUCUGUUCCUCUCCGGGAACUCAUUGAACGUCACUCGGGAGGUGUAAUUGGAGGAUGGGACAACCUCUUAGCUGUUAUUCCUGGAGGUUCAUCUACACCCCUCAUACCCAAAAGUGUAUGUGAUGAUGUGAUGAUGGAUUUUGAUGCCCUAGUACAAGCUCAGACCGGUUUAGGUACCGCAGCCAUUAUUGUCAUGAACAAAGAUGCCGAUAUUGUUAGGUGCAUCUCACGUCUCAUUGAGUUCUAUAAACACGAAAGCUGUGGCCAGUGUACACCUUGUCGGGAAGGAACAGGGUGGAUGAUGAAGAUAAUGACAAGAUUUGAGUCUGGAAAUGCCAGGCCAGAGGAAAUUGACAUGCUGUAUGAGCUAAGUAAACAGAUUGAGGGACACACGAUAUGUGCUCUAGGAGAUGGUGCUGCCUGGCCAGUACAGGGACUUAUUCGACACUUUCGACCAGAACUUGAGAGAAGAAUGUCGGAAUUUGCAAAGAAACAACAAGCAGCCACGGCAUGAUUCUUUACAGUCAAUACUAUAAUGAUAUAAGCGACAGCAGCAUGGUGUUCUGCUGAGUUAUUUGGGGAUAGAGAAACAUACCUCCAGUAACAUUGAAUGAUAUUUGGGAAAAUGAUGAAAUCAUGAUUAUUGAAGGCAUUUGUCAUGAACUUUGACCCACAGUAUUGGACAGUGUUGUUUUUAAGUAGUUCAAGAAUGGACAAUUUCAAUUAAUGAGUGUGAAUGGAUUGUAAAUUUUGAUGAAGGAUACAAGUAAUGUAAAUAUGUACAUUGUGAUAAUAGUGUGAGGAACUUAAAUAACUGAUGUACCACAUGAGUGAUUAAAGCACAUCAAAGUUA